ACGCCCCAAUGCAGUGUCAGUGAUUUUACAGAGAGAGAGCAAGCGGCGCGAGCUCGACCUGCUCCACGGACUCACACUGACAACCAAACAACAACGAAACAACAACAACUAAACAACAACAGGUGUCUUUGUGGACGUUAGCGGACGCUGGAGCGGUGGUGGAGAUGUUGCGGGUGCGCUGUCGGGGUAAAUCGCAGUCGCAGGUCUCGCCUAGCAUUAGCAUUAGAGUUAGCGUUAGCGUUAGCAUGGUACACUGACGGUGCAUUGCUCUACCGCUAAAUAAGUCAUAACACGCCGGUGUUAGCAUUUCUUAGAUGCGGCUUGCAGUGCGUUGAUGCCGUGAUGCUAGCUAGCUAACGCUAAGUGAGGGAUAAAGUUAAUAAUAGUGUUUUAUUUCUGUGUAUUAGGAUGGAAAGUGACACUUAAAGGACAGGUCAGGACAGGACAGGACAGGCUGUACUCUCGGCUGUACUGCUGCAGUGCUUGUGCACUGUUAGCAUUCAUUUAGCUCCAAGCAUUUAAAACGAUAAUGAUCCAGUCUAUCUAAUGAACUUCAGUCUGUUCUGCUGUUUGUGUUUAGAUAGACGAGGAGCUAAUGAAAAGCGAGGCGCGCUCAGUGCUGAGGAGGAUUUUAGUCAACAUGCUAGCGACAUGUUGUGUGUUUACAUCUUCUCUCAGCGCGGUUCUGGACCAGGUUCUCACAGGUAUGAGCGGAAUAUGGGCUGAGACAGAGCGAGCAUCCGGGCUGGACAUGAACAAACUGUGCUACAAUGGCCAUUUCCAAACACACUACCGCUGCGCUGUCCCUCCUAAUCGUGUGUUUUACACCCAAACAGCUUUAAAGCUACAGUAGUGGAUUAUUUAACACCUAAUUAAAUUAAAUUCCUUAUUUGUUCAAACGAACUGGAAGAUAUGUAGGGGAAAACUAUAGUGUGUGUCGUGGCCUUAGCGAAAAUGUUUUAAGGUGCUGAGAAAACCCCUUUGGGAAUCCGAUUCGGGCUGGAAGGGUUGUUUAUGUUUGGAAGUGCUUCCUGUCAAUCAGUCCUAUUACUGUUAUAAACAUUGUACUCUAUUGGACGCUCUGGAUCCUGGGGGCUGAGCUUCGUGAACAUGGGCGGGAAUCAUUCAAGUGGAAAGACCUGAUCUUGAAAAAUAAUUUUUUUUUUUUAAGACUAAUCUUACUUAAUGCACCUUUAAAUCAAUGUCGUAACCAUGGUGAAGUGAUUGAUCAGCAGAGCUGCCACCAUUAAACAGAAUAAAAUAUUAUGGCGGCUUGCAGACACUACUGAAAGGUUUGUUUGGGGUUCUUUACAUUUUUAAAAAAUUAUUAUUCCUUAAUAAUAAUUGUGCAAGUCGUCCGCCAUGUCGAGCAAAGCCUCGAGCAAAGAGAAGAAGUCCGGCCUCGGGAAGAAGCUGUUCCGCCGGGGCUCGGUGCGAUCUGUAGGCAGUUUUAUGAGCCGAGUGCUUAAGACCCUGUCCACUCUGUCACAUUUCGGAUCCGAACUUCAGCCGCCCGAAGGGGAGAAGGACGACGGAGGAUUCGCGGCGUUCAAAAACGAAGGCAAGGGAUCGGUGGCCUCGGAUGACAGUGACUGCGGCAGCUUCCUCAGUCGGGACAAAGUGCCAGGAGUGGCCGGUCUGAAGAACCAUGGUAACACGUGCUUCAUGAACGCUGUCCUGCAGUGUCUGAGCAACACGGAGCUCUUCGCGGAGUAUUUAGCACUCGAACAGUUUCGCGGACAAACCGAGGAGGAAGAUAAGCCCAAGGCCAACGGGGUCCAUCCUCCCAGGAAAGAGAAAGGAGAAGUGACGGAGCAGCUGGCUGGACUCGUCCGAGCUCUGUGGACAUUCGAAUACACUCCUCAGCAGAGCCGAGAGUUCAAGAACGCCGUGGCGAAGCGUGCCAUGCAGUACAAGGGAAAUGCUCAGCAUGAUGCUCAGGAGUUCCUUCUCUGGCUACUGGACCGUGUGCACGAAGACCUGAACAACAUGGGCCAUAACAGACCUUCUAUAAAGCCGCCCAUAGAGGAAGACGAUGGAGCGCUGGAGGGACCUUCACCCCCGCUGUCGGCUGGCUCUUUUGUCCAGGAGCUGUUCCAGGCACAGUACAGAUCUUCACUCACGUGCCCACACUGCCAGAAGCAGAGCAACACUUUCGAUCCGUUUCUUUGCAUCUCGCUUCCCAUCCCGUUACCUCACACUCGGCCUCUAUAUGUGACAGUGGUGUAUCAGGGCAAGUACUCUCACUGCAUGAGGAUCGGCGUGGCCGUGCCCCUCAACAGCACCGUCUGUAGGCUCAGAGAAGCUGUUUCACGCGAGACGAAGAUUCCUCCAGACCAGUUUGUCCUGACUGAAAUGUACUACGAUGGUUUCCACCGCUCCUUCUGCGACGACAACGACGAUCUUGACAUCAUUCAAGAAAGUGACUCCAUCUUUGCAUUCGAAACCCCGGAGACAUUCAAAUUAGAAAGCCUUCGCUCCAAAAGAGGGAGCCUCCUCGCAAACCUCAAUCAGAACAAUCUGAAGUAUGGCAAUGACAGCACUCGCACCCCAUCGUUCAUGCAAGGGGCGGUGAAUCCGGCAUCACCCAACAAAAACACAGGCGCUGACAAGAUGAUCCUGCUGAUCUGCAAUAGAGCCUGCAUUGGCCAUCAAGGACGGAGGUUUGGCCUUCCCUUCGUACUGUACAUGGAGCGCACUGUAACCUGGGAUGUUCUUCAGAAGGCGAUUCUGGAGAAGAUGCAUCAUCUGCUAAGACAAGGCGUUUACAUCCAGGUGGGGCCCUUCAGCCUGCGAGUGGUUGGUGUGGUGGGGAUCACAUACUUGCUACCACAGGAGGAAUUUCCUUUGUGUCACCCCACUGUUGAGAGGGCAUACAAAUCCUGUGGUGCAGGAGGCCCUCCUCAUGUCAAGAUCGUAGUGGAGUGGGACAAAGAGACCAAGGACUAUUUAUUUGGCCACACGGAGGAAGAGUACAUCCCUGAUGCUGAGAGUGUGUACCUGCACCGCGAGCAGCACCAUCACCCCCAGGCUUGUACCCUCGCUCAGUGCUUCCAUCUCUACACCAAAGAGGAGCAGCUGGCACCAGAUGAUGCUUGGCGCUGUCCGCACUGCAAGCAGUUACAGCAAGGCCGCAUCAAGCUCAGCCUUUGGACCCUGCCUGAUGUUCUCAUCCUGCACCUCAAGAGGUUCAGACAGGAGGGAGAUAGGCGGGUGAAAAUGCAGAACAUGGUGCGCUUCCCGCUGGUUGGUAUGGACAUGGCUCCCCACAUGGUGAAGAGGAGCCAGAGCAGCUGGAGCCUCCCCUCGCACUGGUCGCCCUGGAGACGACCUUAUGGUCUAGGCCGUAACCCGGAUGACUACCUGUAUGACCUGUACGCCGUAUGCAAUCACCAUGGAAACAUGCAUGGAGGGCACUACACAGCAUAUUGUAAGAACUCUGUUGAUGGGCAGUGGUACUGUUUCGACGACAGCGAAGUCCAGCCUAUGGCUGACGAGGACGUGUGCCAGCAGACAGCCUACAUUCUGUUUUACCAGAGGAGGGCAACUAUACCUUCAUGGUCUGCUAACAGCUCUGUCGCUGGCUCCACCAGUUCCUCUCUGUGUGAGCACUGGGUUAACCGGAUUCCUGGCAGCAAGCCUCCUAGCCUGGCCUCAGGAGCCUCCUCACGCCGGACGUCCCUGGCUUCUCUGGCUGAAUCCAUGGAGUUCCCUGGAGAUCGCAGCGAAGACGACGGAGGAUUCUCCACCCGACCCUUUGUGAGAAGCAUUCAACGUCAGAGCUUGUCUUCCAGAUCCUCCAUAGCUAGCCCGCUGACCCUCAGCGAGAACGGGAUGAAGCCGUCCUGGUCGUUGUCUGCCAAGCUCCAGAUAAGGUCCAACUCGCCCUCACGCUUCUCUUUAGAUUCGCGCUCCUCGCCACCGCUGGAGAGGAUCGGAGAGGCCUGCGACGACAAGGUGUCGACGUCAUGCUUCGGGAACUAUGGCAGGCACGAGCGCCAAACCGGCAGCAAAGCCCCGCUUGCUAUGAUGGAAGGAAAUAGCAGUGAUGACGGCAGCGGUAAAAGGAACACAGAUGAGGUCUACUCCAGGGCUCCAUCAGUGGCUGACAAGAAGAGCUCUAAAGCAGAACCAUUGGACAACAACAACCAGAUCACUGCUGUGGACCAGAAUGUGCAUGGGACUCCUUCCAAGGAGCCGAGGCACAAGAGCUCAGGAGGCACUGCGUCGAAGGCAGAGGUGUCUGGUGCCAAAAAGACCUCAACCAAGACAAAGGGGGACCAAGAGAAGCCAUCUAAGAAGCGCCAGAGCACUUCUUCUGCCCAAAAGUCUCCUUCUUCCCAAGUGUCUUCCAGCUCUCAAGGGAAAGGUGCCAAAGUGACCAAUUUGAAAGAGAAGAGUGACACUGCCAAGGCUAGAGGCGCUCCUUCUGGAUCCCCAACAAAGAAGAAAGAGCCUUCCCAGUCCCAGGAGGCAGCACCAACAUCUGGAGCCACAAAAACAAAGCAGCGCCUGACCCCUACCCCUCAGUCCUCCGCUUCCCCCUCACCCACUGCCAAGAAGAGCUCUUCAGCUGUGGAGAGGAGCUCCAGCUUGUCAUCGAGCAAAAAGAAACUGGCUGAGAGGACGUCUAGUCGGGACUUGACUCACGCCAGCCCCCUGACGGAUCGACCUCGAGUCCCGCUGAAGGGUGCAGAAGGAGGCCGCCCUGAGCGGAGGCCAGUUAGGAGCUCGAGCAGCAGCUCCUCACUCACCAGCCUGCGAUCACCCAGCAUCUCUUCCAGAGAGCUACGAUGGGCCAGCAAGUCCGAGGACAAGGGGCUCUCCUUCUUCAAGAGCGCCCUGAGGCAAAAGGAGACACGCCGCUCAGCCGACCUGGGCAAGAGCGCCAUUCUCUCUAAGAAGGUGGGUGAGAGGACAGCUAGGUCCGCCAGCCAAACCAAACUCAGUACAGAGGACGGUGAAGGCGACGGAAAUUCUUCUCCUGCCUCACUAUCUAGCAAGGCUGCCAGCGACGACAAAGAGACGCCCAAACCCUCUACCCCUCUUAAACGUUCUCUGUUACCUGUAGGCAAGUCCAAGUCUUCCAGUUCUGACGCCAUCCUCCAGUCCCCCGUCAAUGGGAGGAGGCCUCUUGAAAAGACAAACUCGUCUCGAAAGCUUUCCUGCAGCAUGCUCCGGGCAACAAAGACGCCUCAAUAAUGUUUAAAAUAGUAGUUUUGUUAUUUUCUGCAAUGCAGCUAUUUUUGAUGUGCCUAAGAUAUGUAUACACACUCUCACACAUCUGUGUGUGCAUGUGUGAGUGAAAGAAAUUAUAUUAUACAACUUUUACUUUUCUCAAAGAAAAUGUGUACAUUAUCAGAAGCGCCUUUCUACCCUGCCAUGGAGCCAAUUCGAUGGCAAGGUGUGGUGUACGAAUUUACUACUGUAUAAACUGUAUGAAUAGGAUUGUUCUGACUUAGCACUUUGUAUAUAUUAUUUUUUGUUUCAAACCAGGCGUACUCGAGAGACUGUGUAAUAUGUUUUUCUUUUUGUUUUGUUUUUUUAAAGAUGUUAGCCUCUGGUUUUCUUUAGAGAACUCAGUAGGGUCUUCGUAUUCCUGGCCGAACAAAUUGCUUCACUUCUACACUUGGUGCUAUAUAAAGGGCGACGUCUCCGUGUGGAGAAACACGGAAUUGCGGUCGAGGCUUGACAUGCUAACUAAUGGUUCCCGUGUGAAUGUACGUAGUUUUAUGCAGAAGGUCCAAAGUAGAACUUGUCCUGAGCACCCAUCCAAAACACUUACUGUAGGACCCCCAUACUAUGGAAUAAUGAAUAAGUGUUCCAGUAGCGUCGCUGCCCUUAGAAGUAAGUGUACGCAGCAUUGCCAACUGUAGACCAAUAGUCAAUCUAUAGGAAUGAGCGAUCUUUUCAACAGUAAUUAGACAACCUUUUUUUGUCUCAAGGCAGUGUAGCUCUGCAUGAAGUUCUGUUUUUUUCUUCUUCUUUUGGUUUUGUUUAUUUAUUUUUAUAUAUUAAGAACCACACAGUCAUACUUGAGCCAUUUCCCCCUUUUUUUGCCAAAUCAAAUGCCAGCAGCAUUCAUUAAUUUUAGCUUAGCUAGCUUUGAACCAGGGCCAAACCCCUUUGUGUGUCCAUUAAAGCGUGGAUUACCAGUGCAAUAGUUUGCAGAUCUUUGUAGAUGGGAAAAAAAAAAAAAAUUAUAUAUAUAUAUAUAUAUAUAUUUACUCCUGUAUUUACGAACUAUAACGUUGAACUUUGUCUUUUCCCUACAAUGAUUUUUAAUGAUAGAUAUUUUAUGUAUGCGAUAAAGAUGAAGAUGAGAAGAAGAGUUAAUUAGUUUAAUACGAGGGAUAUUAUAAUGCUUUGAAUGCUGUGCCAUGUCAAUUCAUGGGAUUCCUAUAUAUAAAUUUUUCACUUCAGAGCCUUUUUCUUCCAACAUAAGAGCGAUAUUAAUGAAAUAUACCAUCCCCCCCCCCCGACAUAAUUGAGAUCUUAUAUACAAAUACUGGAAUCGUACUCUUGCCCUGUUUUUGACGAUGAUGGGAGAUCAUAGGAGAAAGUUUACGAAACGACGGCUUGGUCACAUCUGAGGAAGACACAAGACACAUAGCCUUAGUUUACAGAUACAGCAUUUGGCAGACGCCCUUAUCCAGAGCGACUUACCUUUAUCUCGUUUAUACAUCUGAGCAGUUGAGGGUUAAGGGCUCAUCAAAGGGUGACGGGACAGCUUAGUGGUGCUGGGAUUUGAACAUCCAAUCAGUAGUCCAACUUUUUAACCACUGAGCAAACCACUAGUUAAGCAGUGCACGCAUUGGUGUGUCAAACUAACAAACCAGUCUUGUACUAUUCACAAUGGUUUCCGUUUUCAUUCAUCAUCCUCCCCGCUCCCACUCAAAAUAGAUUUUUAAAAGUAGCUGCGAUACGUUCUCCCACCGACCCACGUCAGUCAGUACUACAUUGACCAAUGCGUAAAUGGACCAAAAUCACUUGUCAUAACUUGCUAGUAUAAUUACUGUUAAUAACUGUUAUAAUUAGAAUUGAUGUUUCAAAAUUGCAGCUAGUUUCAAGCUUUUGUUCAGUCACUCGGGG